GGACAACUCCUCGCCUCGCCCCCCCACCCCUGCAGGGCACCGGAUCCACUCAAGUGAAGACCGCGCUACGUGAAAAGUCCUUUUUUUGUCACUUUGAGGAGUUUUUUGGGGGGAAUGGAUUCUUCGGACCGACCGGCGAAUGUGACUUUUUUGGACUUUGUGGGAGGCAUCCAACUCCUCCAGGGGGAGGACGUCAGGACCGCCGUGCCCGUCCUCCUCAUCGGGAUCUGCGUGUCGGGCGCGGUUGGGAACCUGCUGGUCCUGCUCAUCUUCAUGCGGGACUUCAAGGCGGGGAAGGGAUCGGAGGUGAAGGCUCUGCUGGCCUCGCUGGCCUCCACCGACCUCCUGGUGCUGGUCCUGUGCGCCCCCGUGCGAGCCCUCACCGCCUACAAGCAGUGGUGGGUGCUGGGCCGCUUCGUGUGCUCCACCGCCGACUGGUUCCAGCACUCGUGCCUGGUGGCCAAGACCUUGCUCCUGGCGGUCAGCACCCGGGCCAAGCACACGCUGGACCCCGAUGCCGACCCCACCUUCCGCAACCCCACGUGGGUCCACGGCGCCGUGGCGUUCGCGUGGACCGUGUCUAUGAUGUUUCCCAUCCCGCAGAUGCUUUUCGCCACCGUGCGGCCGCGCGGCCACGGGACCAUUUGCGUCUCCGAGAUGCCGGCGUGCGCCUCCCGGUUCAUGGCGCUUUUCUACAAGAUUUACCCCACGGCGGCCUUUGUGGCGCCGGUCCUGUUCACCGUUGCGUACUACACCAAGAGCCUGCACAGGGCUCUGAAUUACGGCCCCUGUCGGCAGCACCAGAGCAAGGUGACGCUGGUCCUCCUGUGCCUGAGCAGCACCUUCGGGCUCAUGCUGCUGCCCGAGUGGGGCGCCUUCACCUGGGUCCGGCUGGGCUACAGCAGACCCCCCGUCGGCGUGGUCAUUUUCGCCCAGGUGCUCCUGUACGCCUGCAGCGCCCUGUCCCCGGUGCUGCUCAUGACCAUGUACGACGACGUGCGCCGAGGCUUGCUCGCCGUCUGCUCGGCGGCCACCUGCCGGAGCGCCAAGCCCGCCGGCGCCCCGCCCAAGACGGAGGACAACGGAGCGGAGCUGGGCGCCAACCCGUUGACCCCCGACGCCGACAAGACCUUCCCGGACGUGGAGCACUUUUGGACGGGGCGCAGGAACACGCACGUGGAGGAGGAACAGGACCCUGUCCCCUGGGAGAGAGAGGAGAAAAUGUAACAUUCUUAUUCAUACCAUCAUUACAGAACCUGAGAGUCAACCGUAGAGUUGAGGAAGUUAUCAAGCUAAUGCAAUACAGCCAGCAAACACAAGACAUUGAUCAUACGCAGGCCCGGCCCUAACCAAUCUGGCGCCCUAGGCAAGAUUUUAGGUGGCGCCCCCCCCACAUCGGCAGUGAAGUGUAUAUACUCACAAGAAACCGAAUAGCUUUGUCUUUGACCUUUUUUUUUUUUACUUACAACUAUACCUAAUAUAUAAAGGGGUGGAAAAGUGACUAUUACCUGCAGGGCAAAUAUAGCUAACCAGAAGGCAAUAACAAUGUAAACAAAAAACAGCUGCUUAAAAGAUCUAAUACAAAUGUCCCUGAGGAAUGUAAGGUGGGAGUACUGUAAUUACCUAACGUUACAUUAUUAUUUUCCAUAACAAUUUAGCCCCCUCCACAAUAUUAACCCGACGUUAAAACAGAACUAGCUAUUUAUUGAUUAGCAAUUGCCGA